CGGGCAGUCACUUUUCUCUCUUCAACAGUCUAGACUUGUUCUUUGUUCCCUGCAUUCACGGUGAUAGGUGUCUUACACAAUAGGCUGGAAUAUUCAACCCUAGGCUCGGUUCUCCUUUGAUCUAGGCAACUUUCUAUAUGCUACAGUUCCUUGGCUCAAAGAAAUAAUGUUAAUUGGGUUAUGCGGAGGUAUAUGCUCCGGAAAACAUGCCAUUGCAGAAUAUCUUAUCCAACAUCAAGGGUUUCGACUAAUCAAACUGAGAACUACAAGUUCUCCCCGGAUAACCGAUGAGCCCGAAGAUGACCUUCGGCUCCGAGCUUCUACACUUGGAAUAAAUGACGACUCGUCACAACUGGUAUUUGAUAGUGUCGAUAGCCUCAUCAGCUUUGCAACCGAAAGAUGGCAAGAAAACUUGGUCACAACGGACAUAUGGGAUGGCGCCACGCUAGACCGUUUUCUUCUACGUCCUUUUUUUCUUCUUGUCAGUGUUGAUGCCCCAGUCAGUCUCCGAUGGAAGCGAUUUGCAGAAAGAUGUCAAAAGAGACGGCUUGAUCCCCCGCCUCUUGAAAAGUUCGUUCUUUGGAACGACCAACAUCUAUAUGAGAAGGACGUUGGGAGUGCCUACUUAACAGACCGGGCACAGGUCCGAUUGUUCAAUUCCUCAUCUUCACUGGAAGCAUUACAUGAGGCAAUCAGGGCACUCGAUUUGGGCGACGAGGAACGUGUUCGCCCAAACUGGGAUCAAUAUUUCAUGCAGCUAGCUUCCCUUGCUGCACAGCGGAGUAAUUGCAUGAAACGCAGGGUGGGAUGUGUCCUUGUCCGAGAACGCCGCGUCAUUAGUACCGGAUACAAUGGUACUCCACGCAAUCUCAAAAAUUGCAACGAAGGCGGAUGCCCAAGGUGCAAUCGGGGCGAAGGUGGGGGUGUUGGCCUAUCAACCUGCCUUUGUCUUCAUGCCGAAGAAAAUGCAUUGCUGGAGGCUGGAAGAGAGCGCAUACGAGAAGGUGCAACUCUCUACUGUGAUACAUGUCCUUGUCUAACAUGCACCGUCAAAAUUGCGCAAGUUGGCAUUAGUGAAGUGGUUUACUCACAAGGCUACAAUAUGGACCAGGAUAGUGCUGCAAUCUUGGAAGCUGCCGGUGUACGCCUGAGGCAAUUUUCUCCUGUGAGCUAUCAAGCCGUUUACCUUGAAUUUUGAAUCCAAGCACUAACCAAAGACAGCCUCGGAAUGGAUUGAUUCAUCUUGGGAGCUAAUCUUGGUCCUUGAACAGCGUACUUGAACAUUGCCCUGCAUAUACAUCUGUCGGCAUUGCAGACAAUAUAUUCUCCGUUAGCUGCUCUCUAUUAGCAUCAGGAUAUUUAAAGUUCAGACUUUCUGAAUGCUACUUGAGAGGAGUUAAUAUGGUAAA